UCUAAAAUAAAAAUGAGAAAGUCAAAAUCGUUGUCAUGGAUUCGCCCAUUUUUGCCUGUCAUACUUGGACUAUCUCUUGGAUUCAGUAUGAGUCUUGUGCGAAUACCACUUAAUCAAGAUGGCUGCCAAAAUUUUUUAAAGGAUCAUAUUGAUCGUCAACUGAGAUCUGUGGAUUCAGACUUUAACCAAAUAAACAGAGGGGAUGGAUUAAAAACAAUGGAUAAAGAUGGAGCACCAGCUGAACCUAUAUACGACUCUUUUGAAGAUUUUGAGCCAAGGAUAAUAACUGAUCCUGGCUUAAAACCAAGAAUUGAUCUGUCUGCAAAUAAGAAAAAAGUUGUUAGGACUCGAUUUAUAAGCACAGAAUUAGGCAUUCGAGAAAAACUAUAUGUUGGUGUGCUAACAAGUACAGAUAAAUUACAAAGCCUUGGUGUCGCUUUUAAUAAAACAGCAGCACAUAUUUUGCAAAAAGUUGAAUUUUACGUUGCUGCAGUAUCAGACAUGGAAAAUCAGUCUAAGAAUCCAAAGUAUAUGGUAACAAAAAUGCUCAAAGGGGAUACUAUGGUGCAUAGAUUAUAUGAAAUGAUAUCAAAUAUGUUGGAAGAGAACAAAGACACAUACGACUGGUUCUUUAUAGUAAAAGACAAUGUUUAUGUUCAAGGAGAACGUUUAGACAAUCUUGUCAGUCACAUUAGUAUCAACAGAAAAUUAUACAUGGGAAUGCCACAUGUAACAAAUAUUGAUUCACAAUCAAUAUCAUAUUGUAGUAUGGACAACGGCAUUCUAUUGUCACGACUUUUGCUCAUCACUCUUUUGCCAAAUUUGCAAAAAUGUGCCAAUGAAGGCAGUAUGAGUGAUCCGAGUAUAUGGUUGGGAAAUUGCAUUCAUCAAACAUUCGACGGUCGUAUUAAAUGCUCUACAGAGCAAGAUGGUCAAAAUUUUUUCAGUUAUACAAUUUCGGAAAAAAUGUUUGACCCAGAACGAGUAGGAGGCACUUCAUUUAGAGAAUCACUCACUGUGGGAAAUGUGGGAACACCUCCAAUGUUCUAUAAACUGCAUAGACAGUUUUCUCAAUUUGAAAUUGAGCUUGCAUCAAAGGAAAUCGAAGCUAUACAACAAGAAAUAGAGUUCAUCAACACAAAACUUCCAGAUUCUGACAAACAGACAUCCUGGCCUAUUGGUAUAAAUCCACCAUUUAAACCCACAAAUCGUUGGGAUAUCAUAGUGUGGGACUAUUUCACAGAAGAAUACACUUUGACAUGUCCUGGCGAGGUUCCCAAGUGUGAAUUAUCUGGAAUUGAUAAGCUGGAUGUUCAGAACAUUCUACAGAUUGCCAUGGAACGCCUAAAUGAUAAAUAUAAUCCACAAAAAAUUGUUUUGGAAAAGAAAAAACUUUUGAAUGGAUAUAGGCGUUUUGAUCCACAAAGAGGCAUGGAAUAUACUCUUGACCUUUUGCUCAAUGCUAUGGUAGAAGGCGAAAAGGGAGAAAUAGAGAUAAAUCAUAGAGUGCAUUUGCUUCGUCCACUAAGUCAAGUUGAAAUAAUUCCGAUGCCAUAUGUAACUGAAGCCACUAGAAUAAGAAUGAUAUUACCAAUAACUGCAGACCAGAAAUCCAAUUUUGAUGCAUUUAUACAAAGGUUCGCGUCAGCUUAUUUGGAUGCGGAUGAGAACAUUGAAUUAAGUGUUGUUUUCAUAUAUGAUCCAAGUGAUGCACAACGCAUUCAUGAUGAUGAUGUUUUUGGUGAUGUUAAGCAGAAAUUACAAGAAUACGAAACAAAAUAUCAUAAAGAGAAACCAGCUGGGAAUGCUAAGCUUAUUCCUUGGGUUAGCAUCAAGACUGAAGUUCCUUCACAACUGAAAACUAUGGAUGUUGUCGCUAAAAAACAUCCGAUGGAUGCCCUUUUCUUUCUCACAAGUGUCAAUGUUGUUCUGGAUACAGAGUUCUUAAAUCGUUGUCGAAUGAAUGCUGUACAGGGUUGGCAAACGUUUUUUCCUGUACCUUUCGCACAAUAUAACACGGACAUUGUCUUCAAAGAUAAACCAAUUCCUAAGGAUAUUGAAAUCAAGCCUAGUUACGGCCAUUUUGAUCUUUACUCAUUUGAUGAAGUUUGUUUUUAUAACUCGGACUACAUGGCAGCGAGAAAUAAGCUCUCAGAAUUCAUUUCUGAUAGUGAUAACAAUGCUGGUAAAGAUCCUAUGGAUACCUUGGAUAUCUAUAAACUAUUAGUGAAAUACUCUGAACUACAUGUUUUUAGAGCAGUUGAACCACAGUUGAAGCGACAUUACUCACAUCGGCAAUGUAAUUCUAGAUCUGGUGAGGAUCUUUAUCAAAAAUGUGAAAGAAGCAAUGCUGAAAGUCUUGCAUCAAGGACACAAUUAGCUAUGGAGCUUUUCCCAGAUGAAAAUGAGAAAAAAUUGUGAAGUGAUAGAAAUUGAUUUGUUACUCUGCAAUAUGAGAAACUUGUAUAGCUUCUGGUUAUCAAGUUGAAACACAGCAGUGAAUAUUUUCAAUUACUGCUACACCUCAAAUCACAUUCUCAUUUGGUGCCUUUUUUUUAAAUUUGGGAAGACUGUUUAGCCGUAUUUCCGCCCUACUGUAAAAUUCCACGAGAAAUGGAAUUGAAAUGAAAAAAGUAAUUCAUGCAGUAAUAAUUCAUUCUUUGAUAUUUAUUAAAUAUAUUCACCCACAUAUUAAAAUAUUACUAACUGCAUGUUGUAUUUUUAAAUGAAGCCUUUUUAUUUUUUCAUGUUCUCUUCAAUCUUCGAUUAUUUUUAUUGAGUUCUUAUUCAUUAUUAUUAUUCACACUGUAGUGUAGAACUUUAUAAAUGUAUCAUGAUGAUGUUCACCAAACAGUAAAUAAUAGUGUCUUAUGCGUAAUGUGGUGUUGGUUAUCAAUAAAAUUUAUCUUCAACACACAUCCAUCAAUGCUUGUAGUUUUUGCAUGAUUUACUUUUCAUAAUGGUGCUUCUAAAAUUUUGUUCUUGUAUUCAUUUCUUCGUGCCAUAUCUUAUAUAGUAAUUUUACUUUUUUGUUACAUAUUUUUAUAAUACUUCUGAAUACAAGACGACAUUUGUGAGAAACCGUUAAGAUGUUUUAAAAACUAAUUAGAAUUCCCAUGAAUAUAAUAUAACUACGGAGGCUCUUCCCGUAAAGUCAUCUGAAAUUGACCAAUUCAGAGUAGUUAAGAAGGUGAUGAUCACUAUUUGGAGCACUAGAACCAGAAAAACGUGACAUUUCUAUAUUCCCCGAUAAAGUUUUACACAGUUAUUGCAAGAGAAACAAAUUGUUUUUAAUUUAGUGUAUUUUUUAUGUAUUGAAUAUGUGCUAUGAUUUUGGAUACAAAGUUCAAAGUUUAUUCAUAUGCAAUGGUGAUUGGAAUCUUUUAAAUAGUGUUAUUUGUAAUUGGUAGGAAGUUUGGUCCAAUAUAUUAAACCAUAUAUAUGAUGCUAUUUCCUAGAAUACUACCAAGUACAAAGUGAUUACAGACAUGUUCUGCCAAUAUCUCAAAUUUCCGAAGAGACAAUAUAGCACUUAUGCUAGGUCUUUUAAAACUUGACAUGACCUAACAUAGACUUCAUUUCAGAUUGCAGCUAUUUUCCCACUGACGUUUUCACAUAUCAGGACAGAUCGUUAUAAUCUUUCCAUUUAAAUGUUAUUUGUUGAUGUCAUUAAACUCAUUCCUCAAUAUGACUUGCUGCAUUAUUUCUUCAAAUGAUUUUGACAAUACUGUGCAUGUGACAGAUAUUAUUCUGAACUUAAUGUUUUGUGUUCAUUCCUAAUCAAAUGACUUGGUACAUCAUCAUAUUCAUUUCCCGCAUAUGGCAUGAACUCGUCUUUUUAAUUGUUGUGUGUAUUUUUGCAUUUAUAGUGAACAGUUUGCAUAUUUUUGUUAGUUACUUUUUUUUCUUGAUGUUAACUGCACCAUGUUGUACAUUAAAUUAUUAUGAAAUUGUAAUUUUUGGUAAUUAUAAACAAUUGGUCAUUUUUGGAAACAACUAGUAUGAAAAUUCUGAACCUUGGAAUGUAUAAUACUCAUUUUUUCAGUUCAUUAUAAGGACCUCUUAAAGUAUACGCACCAAGAUAUACAACCUGAACUCAGGUUGUGUACCAGGUUAGGGUUCAGGUUAUGCGACAUCUUGGUGCGCAUACUUCAGGAGCACCCAUUAUAAUACAUUUUUUUAUUAAAAUUGUGACUUCUCUGAUGGCAACUUUCAUGGGCUUUCCUUGUUCUAUGUUUGAUUAAUUCUGUCUCCUUUUCAUAUUUCCUGAUCUGCAUCGAUAAUUGACUUUUCUUAUUGGGAAUUUUCCCCAUAGUAUGGUCUCCCACACUUGCUUGGAUGCAAGGAAACUUCACCUCUGUCAUGGGUGGCCACCGGGAUGCCAAGAGCUACUUUAACCAUGCAGAAAUAAUGUAGCACAUUACUUGGAAAUAAAUGCCUAUUUCCACAAGACCUAAAACUGGUUGAUUUGCCCGUUUUGCAUAAAAUAUUAUGCAUUUGGAGUUUCCGUCCCCAGCAGUCAAUUUUCUUCAUAUUAUAAAGUUUUCGUUUUCUUGAGUACUUAAUUGCUUGUGUAGUCUGCUCUGUCUAUAUUCAUGUUGUCUUCUGAUUGUGUCUGAUUCCAAGUACCGGUAUAUAUUGUUUAUUACCUGAAUAUCAAUCAAAUAUAUAAAAUUUUUGGUAAUUAA